CCAUGGGGCAUUCAAGGACAGCCCCCGGUGACGCUGUGUAUCAGUCCGUCGCUGAACACAGCCGGUGUGCCUUCGUUCGUCUGAACUCUCUGACCAGUAGCGGCCAGUUCAGCUCAUACAUUUCAACAUAAUACUAAAAUAACGUGCAUCUACUUUCGCUGGGUUUGUUUUUAGUGGACUUUAGUGAAGUUCCAGAACGGCAGCCGUCUUGUCCAACAGAGGAUGAACCCGUGAACGUCACAGAUCUCACAUUCAGAGGAGAUUUUUCCAAGAUGCCUUUAUCAGUGGCUUCCGUCAUCAUCCUUUUGGCUGUCCUCACGCCAACCAUCCAGGGUGGGAAAGUCCUGGUGUUUCCACAUGACGGCAGCCACUGGGUGAAUAUGAAGGUACUUGUUGAGGGGCUGUAUUCGAGGGGACAUGAAGUGACGGUCAUUCGGCCUACAGACAGCUGGUACAUCAGUGAAGCAUCCCCCUUCUACAGUGCUGUCACGGUGGAUUAUGCUGGUGGUGGAAAUGAGGAUUUCUUCCGGCUCUUUGUCAAUGAAAUUAUUAAAAUCAAACGAGGCAAGGGCUCUGCUUUGACUCAGUUUGCUUUAGACAUGGAGUUAAAGAACAAAUUUUCUGAAUUACACCAGAAAGUCUGUGAACUGGUGGCGCAUAUGUUUGAGAAUAAAGAGCUUAUGAAAUCCAUUGAAGAUGCCAAGUUUGAUGCAGUUUUGACUGAUCCUGCUAAUGGAGGAGGAGUGAUGCUGGCUCACUAUCUGGGCCUGCCGUUAGUGUUCAAUGCUCGAUGGACUGUUCAUGGUGAGGCCCAUUUUGCAAUUUCACCCUCCCCUCUUUCCUAUGUCCCACUUCCACCUUCAGAAUUAACCGAUAAAAUGACUUUCUUUGAGAGGGUUAAAAACGUGAUUUUUUACACCAUGAGGAUGCAUCUGUACAAACAGAUUGUUGGACCACAUUAUACUCCUUUGGUGGACCGCUACUUUGGCUCAGAUGUAGACUAUUUUUCUCUCUUUCAAGCAGCUGAUUUAUGGCUCAUGAGGGUUGACUUUGUGUUUGAGUUUCCUCGUCCAACUAUGCCUAAUAUUGUCUAUAUGGGAGGAUUCCAGUGUAAACCUGCAAAAGCUCUGCCUCAGCACUUGGAAGACUUUGUGCAGAGUUCAGGGGAACAUGGCGUCAUCAUUAUGUCUCUGGGGACUUUGAUUGGAGAUCUACCACAUGACUUGGCUGAUGAGAUCGCUGCAGCUUUUGCAAACCUACCUCAGAAAGUCAUCUGGAGGUAUAAAGGUGACAGACCCACCACAUUGGGAGACAACACUUUACUGGUCGACUGGAUGCCACAGAAUGACCUUUUAGGACAUCCCAAAAUGAAACUAUUCAUAAGUCACGGAGGAACAAAUGGAAUCUAUGAGGCUAUAUAUCACGGCAUUCCUAUUGUAGGCAUUCCGUUUGUGUUUGAUCAAGCCGACAACCUCUCCAGAUUAAGAGCGAAGGGUGUCGCAAUGAAGCUGGACGUUUCUGAACUGGAUAGGAAUAUAUUUCAAAGUGCCAUACAGGAAGUCCUGAAUGAUCCUUCGUACAGGAUGAACAUGCAGAGACUGUCCAGACUGCACAGAGACCAGCCCAUGAAGCCUCUGGAUAACGCCCUCUUCUGGAUUGAGUUUGUCAUGAGACAUAAAGGUGCAGCUCACCUGAGAACAGAGUCCUACAGAAUGCCAUGGUAUUCGUACCACUCUGUGGAUGUGAUGCUCUUCUUAUCUGGACUUGUCCUCAUAACUGUGGGUGUCGUUGUUGGUUUGAUAAGAUGCUUGUGGUCCAAAUUAUGUCUGAGAACAAAAAGAAAACGUGAUUAGUAAAUAGUGCCCAGGUCAGGUUGGCACAUGCAGGGAUGCCGCCAGGGUUUUGGGGUCUCAUAGAAAAAAUAUCACUUUGGGCUUUUUGGGAUUCUAUUUAUGAAUCUGACUCCAAUUCUCUAUCCCUCAUGUUCGUUAUAUUGGUAAUUACUUUGACCAUAAAACAAACCUGAAACAAGAUUUAAGAAUAGCAAUUUAUCAAUCAUUUAAUGAGCAUUAAUCAGUCUUAUACAGAUCUGUGGUCUCCCAAGGUUAAUGAGAAUCAGGGUGGUUUCACACAGCAUACUCAAGUCCGUACCGUACUUGAAUACGUUCACACCUUUCCUGCAGAUGUUGCGCACACACACGUGUACUACAGCCUGUGCCCGAGUAUGAAUGAGUGUUACAGGGCUGAAACAGUAGGUGGCAGUGUGGAAGGAAUUCUGUCAUUAUCCUACAAACGCAGAAUUCAGAAGAUGACAAACCCUUACCUAUCUGUUAGCCUGUUUUAGGCAAAGAGAAAAGAGCGGCUUUCAUUGUCCCUGAUAUAUCACCAAGUGGUCCGGUCGGUAAGGCGAGCCCGUGUCACGUGGAUCCGAGGCUUUUUCAGGAGACAACAGGAGUGCCGUCUGGUGGUGAUUAACCCACUUCCGUUGUCGGAGUGGUGAUUAGGUCACUUCCGGACUCAGGCACAGAUCACAUUCACACACCAACGUACCGUGCUGGAGUACUGGCAGCCUGGACCCAGGACUACCUUCUCAACUGGACUUGGGCACAGUACUUGAGCACGGAACGGUUGCAUUCACAUGGAUAAAAUUAAGCAGACUUGGGGGUCCAGCGUACUCAGAUACAGAUUCAAGUAUACUGUGUGAAAAUGCCCUCAGUCUCCCUGGCCCACAGACAUAAAGUCUCAAAGCAAAGGACCCAAAUCUUUGACUCCCCUUCCUCAAGAACCAAGAAUUAUCUUUUCCCUGCUUCUUUAUACUCUCCCAUGGGGUGUUUUCUUCCUCCUCCUAACUUCAGCCAACACCUUCACGUAUCCCCCACACCACAGCUGUCUGCUCCAUUCUCACCCCCUGUCUUUGCCCCACAGGCCUCCUGAACUCUUCUCUAUAUGGCUAAUAUAACAACAAACAAAGCUAACCCACCUGUGACACUCUGUAUUUUUCCAUUCUACCCUUAAAAGCUUGGAACCUUCUAAUGGCAAUAUAUCACACAACUCAGGGCAAAUCAGUAAAACACAGAAAUCAUAGUUAUAACAUAUUACAUUCUGACUACAAAACAUAAAAAUCAUGGUUAUAACAUAUUACAUUCUGAUUACAAAACAUAAAAAUCAUGGUUAUGACAUAUUACAUUACGAUUACAAAACACAGAAAUCGUAGCUAUAAUUUAUUACAUUCUGAUUACAAAACAUAGAAAUCAUAGCUAUAACUUAUUACAUUCCGAUUGCAAAACAUAGAAAUCAUGGUUAUAACAUAUUACAUUAUGAUUACAAAACAUAGAAAUCAUUGCUAUAACAUUUUACAUUCCAAUUACAAAACAUAGAAAUCAUGGUUAUAACAUUUUACAUUACAAUUGCAAAACAUAGAAAUCAUAGCUAUAACAUAUAACAUUCCAAUUCUAAAACAUAGAAAUCAUGGUUAUAACAUAUUGCAUUCUAAUUAUAUAAUGCUUAGGUUUUUAUAUGUUCUUCAACUGAAUAAUAAUUCCAACAGGCUCCACCAAUUCAAUGCCACAAACCAUACAAAGUCUAAAAAUAUAACAUUGUGUAAGGAUGUAUAAAUGUUCUGCUUACAAUGGAAUUUAUGAUUUUUUGCAAGAUUGAUGAGAAAGGUGCUAUCUUUAACAUUUUGAUAAUAUUUUUCCAAUGAUAUUGUAUUUUUUUUUACAUUUAUAUACAAAUACAAAUUUAAUAUAGUUUUACUUUUUGGAUGGAAGUAUAUUUACUAGCAUCAGCUAGACCCUCUAGCACAUGGACCAAACCAUAUCAUGAAAUCAGAAGGGGGAAG